UGGCUCCAGCCUGCCAGCCACAGCCACCAAACAGUCCACCAGGUUCCCAGCCAAGACAGGAGGAUGGGUGCCACGCAGUCGGAAAAUCGCAUGCAGCAAAGCCCGAGAGGUGGAGAAGGGAGCCCGGAGUCUGAAGGGUUUGCGGCCGUGGGAAGGGAGGAGAUAGGUGCCUGGCCUGCUCCUGAUCCGCAGAAGGACCACACGAAGGCGGUGGGGCAGCCGCCCAGCCGAGGGUUCGAGUCCAAACCUUCGCCAGCCAAUAUCCCCGAGAAGCACGGCUACGAGGACAAGGCGGUGUCAAUUGCAACAGGCCACACGGAGGCGGAGCAGCCGCCCAGCCGAGGGUUCGAGUCCAAACCUUCGCCAGCCAAUAUCCCCGAGAAGCACGGCUACGAGGACAAGGCGGUGUCAAUUGCAACAGGCCACACGGAGGCGGAGCAGCCGCCCAGCCGAGGGUUCGAGUCCAAACCUUCGCCAGCCAAUAUCCCCGAGAAGCACGGCUACGAGGACAAGGCGGUGUCAAUUGCAACAGCCGCGGCGGUGGCGGCGCCAGCGCCGAAACCACCACCGCCGGCUGUUCGCUUCUUUGGCGCUGCCAUGGACGUCCGCCCGCCGCAAAGCAAGGGCACGUCGACGGCGUGGCGGUGAAGGAGGUCCAUGCUGUUUGCUGGGCGUCUAGCGCUGGGCCAGAAAGCAGUGGAUCACUCGCCGGUGACUGCCGCGCUGUGGCCAUAGGGACGCAGAUUUUAGUCUUGGGUCCCAUUUACCAGGUGCCAUUUUGGUACACUUGUUUGAGCUUUCGGUACACGUGUUGGAGCCACAGCCAAAUGGGAUCCCAGCAGGUUCGCCAAAUUUGCGCGCGCCCUGGCACGAUCACCGCAACCAUCCACCAGGGGACAGUGCGCUCAGGCAGCGUUGAACACCUCCAGUUGCA